AUGUCGGUGGUCAAGCGCGAGCGCGACGGACGGAAGAGGAAGCGACAACCCUCGCCGGCGUCAGGCGGGCCUUUCCCCAGCCCCUCCGUGACCGUCGUCAGCGCCGUGACCGCUGACGCGGCUUCGACGAAAGCCACGGCGGCGCGGCAGUCGCAGUUCGAGCGCUUGGUUGCUGAAGGUCUAGACCCAGGUGCCAAGGUGGUCUUUCUCUACAAAGACGAGGUCUUGGAGAUUCCCGCUGAGAUUUUGCUCCAGGGCGCCUCCCCCGGGUGGCUCCUCUCCGCCGUGGCUGCGGACGCCGACGGCGCCACGAGCUUCGCGGUGCCGGAGGAGACGCCGCUGGCGCCAGAGCUGUCGUUGGCGUUUUGGCAUUUGCUGAAUCAGAAAGUGCCCUUGGCUGAAGGCUUUGCUCCUCAGUGUUUUGGCCCAAUUUGUUUGAAACGCAGGCUUCACCUGUUACCCGCGGCGUUUUUGGCCGCGCACCUGGUGGGCUUGGAGCGCUGCUGUGCCGAGCUCCGCGGCGCGGUGCUGCGGAAGCCGGAGGCCAUGCUGCGGGCGCUCAAGAAGACGGAUGGACAGGUGCUGCUGCGCGCGUUGGAGCUGGGCCUCAGCCGUUGCCAGGGCCCCAGCCGUUGCGGCGUCGCUGAGACCUGGGAGGUCGCUGAGGAACUGCUGCGCUGCGUUGCCGGCGCCCAAGUUUGGCGGCGCUUGGGGCAGGCGGUGCAGGCCACACCGGAGAAGUUGUUCCAUUUCUUCCACGUCGCCCGGCUCUUGCGCACCAAAGAGUCGCAAGAGUUGCUUCGCCAUGCGGCAACACAUCCUGCAGCGCUGCGGGAUGCCUUGGCGCACUUCACAGGUCCCCUGUCUUCGCAAGACGCCAUCGUCCUUCGUUCCGCCUUGGAUGGCGCCUUGGACCGCGACGCGGCGGAGCGGAUGAUCCACGUGGCCGCAGCAACGGGGAAAAUGCCGCUGUUGCGCCUGUGCGUGGCGAACCAAGAGGACGUCAAUGGUUUCUCAGCCAAGGGAGAAACUCCUGCGAUGUUGGCGGCAGCUGCGGGACAUGCGGAAACCUUGAGAUACUUGAUGCGAAACCAAGCAGAUGUGGCGCGAAAGAGCAGAUCUGGACUUACAGCUUUGGACUUCGCCGCAAGAAACGAACAUCCAGAAGUGGUGCGAGUGCUGACUCGGGAUGCAGAAACGCCACGACGGCAGAUGGCCCGCCGCGCGUUGAGAGAAAAGGGUUACCCGCGUCGCGGAAGUGAGGUGAACUUGAUGAGCGAGGAAGUGAAACUGGCCGAAGAGAAUGCUGCUCAAAGUCAAGAGCUGGCCAAUGAGGCGAUGCAAAAGGCUAAAGCAGCAGAACGCGCACUGAGCUCUGAAGUACACAGGUCAAGGGUUCGAACCUGUGCGGUUCAGCUGGCCGGUCGCCUCUAUGCUACCCAUGGUCCAGAGGUCAUGGAGCCGAUACUUCAGAAAUUGAGACCUGCAAAGCAGGCCUUGCUGAGGAGUAAAUUCCAAGAGAUCGAUGAAGACGGUGCUCCCGACGAGGAGACGGUGACGGUCAGAUCACGGCCUGAUCUUGACGGCUUCCUCAUCGGCCAUGCUCCCGCCCGGAGUCCGGGGAAGGGCUCGGAGAUGAAGCCUCCAGUUCUGAAUUGUGGCUGUGUUGCUGGCCAUGAAGCCAUGGGAAAGCGGCUCCGCUUCCGCGCCGCCCGUUGGUGCCGCGAGCCGCGCCUCGUCGCGGCGCAGCUGAAGAUCGCGGCGGCGGCGCCAAAGGUAGCGCUGCAGCUGUUGAAACGGAUGCAGGUGCACUCCAUUGAAGCGAAUGCCUUCCAUGUCAGUGCUGUCUUGAAAGCCAUGGAGAUCUCGAAAUGGCCCUGGACCUUGCGACUGCUUCAGGACUUGCCCCAGAUCCAGGUGAUCCCCAACGAAUUUAGCUACAGCAUUGCCAUGUCCACCCUUCGUCGUGCCCAGCGACCUUGGCAGCUCCUGGCGCUGCUGGACGAAAUGCCACGGAACCAGGUGACGCCCAACGAGAUCAGUUUCGGCACAGCCGUGAGCGCCUGCCGUGCGGCCGAUGAGUGGCUGAUGACACUGCAGCUGUUGCGGCAGAUGAGCAUCACACAGCUGGUGCCGAACGUGAUCAUCUACAGCGGUGUCAUUGCAGCCUGUGGAACACAAGGUGAAUGGCAGAUCGCCUUGCAGUUGCUCAACGACAUGCAGAAGCAGGAUCUCUCACCGGAUCAGAUUUGCUUCUCAGCCGUUCUCAGGGCGCUUUCAGUUGACGCAUGGCCAGAGGGUCUGGCACUCCUGUGCUCCAUGCGGCAAGUGACGCAGCACGGCGACCGGGUGACGUACAACACGGCUAUGAAUUUGUUCGCUAAGGCCGGUGAGUGGCCACUGGUCUUGCAGCUCUUAGAAGAGAUGGAGGCCCUUUUGCUGCGGGCCGAUGGAGUGAGUUAUAGCUCAGCAGUGAGCGCUUGUAAGGGCGAUGCCUGGCCGAUGGCAUUGUACAUGUUUCGUCGCAUGCCGGAAUUGAGCGUGAUGCAGGAUGUGAUAGCCUUCAACUCGGCCAUUGACACUUGUCAAAGUGCACCCUGGCCUCUUGCGCUGACUUUGCUGGAAGAAAUGGCUGCACAAGAACUCCAAGCAACCGUGGUGAGUCUGAGUUCAGCCAUGCUCUGCUGCAGCCGUGGAAGCGCAUGGCAAGUGGCCUUGGCGCUGCAUGACGUCGCACAGUUCGUCGCCGGGGCGGCCGGGACGGACUCCUUCUACUGUGAUAGUAUCGCGAUCAACGCCUGCGAAGCCGCGGGUCAAUGGACGUUGGCACUGGGACUCUUCCACUCCUUGCAGUCCAUCAAUGAUGUUUGUUUACAUGCUGCCAUGAGUGCUGCUGGUGCAGCACAAAGGUGGCCGAUUUCUUUGUCUCUGUUGCACGACAUGACGCAAAGCACGCUGGUGCCAAGCACGGUGAGCUUCAAUACUGCCCUGAAUUCAUUCGGAGGAGAUCAAUGGCGAAUCUCCUUGCGCUUUUUCACGACAAUGCAGAGCAGUCGCUGCACAGCGGAUGCCAUCAGCUUCAAUGCUGCCACGUCGGAAUUGAAGGACCACUGGUCUUUGAGCUUUUCCCUGGUCUCUUCGCUCGCAGCGGAAGGCGCAGAUUUCCGGAGCAGCGCCUUACAGCUGGGCCGCUGGGAUCAAUCUCUGCAGCUGCUGGAGAGCUUCGUUCACUCGAGGACGGCGUUAAACCUUCUAAGUUGCAACAGUAUCAUCAGCCGUAUGGGACGCACUGCUCCAUCGUUAGCUCUCCAAUUCUUGGCCAGGCUGCCUCAGCUGGCUCUGCAGCCCGAUGUCAUUUCGCUGAAUGCCAUCAUGGCAUCCAUGGAAUGGCAAAGUGCUGUAGCAUUGCUGCAGUCCCUUCCUGCACAACGCUUGGAGGCAGUUGCCGUGAGCUACAGCACUUGCAUUAGCUCCUGUGGCCGAUCUUCUCAACGUGCUGUGGCCCUUGAGCUGCUCAGGGAGGCCGUCGGCCGAAAUUUGGCGAACCAGGUUGUCUACAACGCCGCCAUCGCCGCUUGUGGUGGUCACUGGGAGGAAGCCUUGGCCUUGCUGUCAUCGCGGCCGCUGGAUGAGAUCAGCCUAAAUUCUGCCAUCAAUUCCUGCGAAAAGGGGGGGCAAUGGCAGGUCGCACUGCAGUUACUGUCUAUGGCACGCAGCAUGAGGAUGAGCCCUUACAACCUGGUCAUCGCUUGCAACAGCGCGUUGAGCGCCAUGGACAAAUGUGGUCAGCUCCUACCGGCCCUGCAGUUGCUCUCUCAGAUGUGUCAGGAAAGAUUGGCCGAUGAAAUUAGUUUCAAUUGUGCUAUCGCUGCAUGUGAGAAGAGCAAAGACUGGCGCAAAGCCUUGCACCUUCUCGAGGAAAUGCAUCUGUGGUCGAUGCCGGAUGAGAUUAGCUACCGAGCUGCAAUGAGCGCUUGUCCCGGCUCAGAAUGGCCACUGGUUUUGACCCUAUUGGACAUCAUGAGCGAGUCAAUGGUGGAAAUUGGGGAAAUCAGUUUCAACGCCGCCUUGAACGCUUUGAGCGUAGCCCCUGCGGCCACGGACCAAGUUGCUUUGGAGCUGCUGCAGCGGAUGGCUAAGCAAGAGGUUGAUCCAGACGCCGCACCUUCAAAGCGGCGGCCAACUGCUGUGAGAGAGGUGGCAAUGCCUUGCAAAGCCUGCCAGUCUUUCACCAGCUUGGGAGUUAUGUCUCAGCACGGCUGAAGUCUGAAGUCUGAAGGAUUCGCUGCGGGAUUGGCCAAAAAAA